GCGUAGCUUCUAGAUCAGAUAGAUAGAGAGAGAGAAAGCUAGUCUCCAUUUCAUUUGCCCUAAAUCAAAACAAUCACAGAGAGAGAGAGAGACACAAACACAGGCAAUACCUUCUCGAAUCGCAGAAGAGAAGAUCUCGACGACGAUGGGGAAGCAACCGGUGAGGAUGAAGGCGGUGGUGUACGCACUCUCACCGUUCCAGCAAAAGGUGAUGCCUGGUCUCUGGAAAGACAUUCCGGGCAAGAUCCACCACAAGAUCUCCGAGAAUUGGCACAGCGCUGUCCUUCUCCUCGCUCCUCUCGUCGGCACCUACUCGUAUGUCCAACAUUACCAGGAAAAGGAGAAGUUGGCCCACCGUUAUUGAAGUGCAUAGAUGUGCAUCCAUUUUGCAGUGAAGCUCCUCUUGUCAGUUAGCUGCAACUUUGAUGAAAAGCUUUUUUUUUUCUUCUUCUUUCAAGUUAAUUAGAUUUGAGUUACUGGGAAUUUUGAACAAUGUUUGAGGUGGUGUUCUUAAAAUAAAUUUUCAAACUUGAUCACCAAAUGCAUGAAUGUGAUGUGUAAUUUGGAACUUUAUAAUUAAGAGUGCAUCUUUUUAAUGGUUAAUAAACAGAAGUUUUUGGCAA